AUGAAUCGAUUCUUUACAACUCCAGUUUUGCAAAGAUUCCUUGACGAGCCUUUGUGGGUUUUGUGUCCCACGUGGUGUCAGAGAAGUAAAAAACAAAAGGCCAUUCUUCGCCUUCUGCUUGUCCAUGUGGACAGCGAAAGUCACACGAACAAUGGAGAAAAAAUCCUAAUGGUCAAUUUAAUAAGGCUAAUUGAAAAGGAUACAAUGGAACUUUUUUCCUGCUAUCCAAAUAUUUGGAAAGGAAAUAACUCCGCUUUUUUUUUUUACAUUUUGGCGGCACAACAUGUUGAGAAAAAUUUGAGCAGCAGUUUUUUUUCCCUCCUUAAAAUAUCACAGAGCGCUUACAAAAAUGUGUACAUAGCUUUGCUGCUGUUCAGUUCGAACGACUUUGAAACGAAAAUGAGAUGUUUGAAAUAUAUUUUUAACCAGUGUGUGCUGAGUGAUGGGAGUGCACAUGAGGGGAAGAAGGAGGUCGGCCAAGUAGAACGCACGAUCUCCUUCACCGAAGCAACAAAGUAUUUCCACUUUCUAGUGGAAGAAAACGAAUCUAUAAACGUCGAAAGACAGAUGAGUUGCUUCUUCUUUUCUGUGAUAGCUGAUUUGAUCAGACAGGACUACGUCUCGUUGCUGAGGGAGAGGUACUGCAAGGAGGGGAGAGUCCUGACUCUACGUGUCCCUCUUGGGGGGGAUGGUGAUGGAUGCAAAUCUUGGGGAGGCCAACACAAAUAUGAACAAUUUGGUGCAUACAGGCAAAUGAAAAAGGAGAAAGACCAACUUCGGUUGAAGCUCCUGGUGAAACGAAUGAGCAGGAAGAAAUCAAAAACGAAAAAGGAAUACGUGAAUGACCUAAUUCUCUAUACUGCUAGUAGAAAUAUUUUAAGUGCCUACUUUGGAAAAAAUGAGGAUGCCAUUAUUAGUGAGCAUCUGAGGGGGGGUGAACAAAAUGUGGGUAAUAAACAGUUCGCAGAGGAGAGCCGAAAAGGGGACUACUUCAAAGGGGACUACUUCAAAGGGGACUACUUCAAAGGGGACUGCUUCAAAGGGGACUACUUCAAAGGGGACUGCUUCAAAGGGGACUGUUUCAAAGGGGACUGCUUCAAAGGGGAAGGAAUCAAAAAAUUAACCACACCUAAAAGGGGAAGCACACACUACAACGUAGCAACAGAGGAAGAAGCAACCCUGUGCUGCACCAUUGAGAAGCACUACGAUGUAGACUUCCUCAAGGGGAUUUUCUUAUAUGUAAAAUAUAUGAUAAAUACAUAUUACGAGAUUUUUGAAAGGGAGAAAAAAAGCAGCUCGGUUGAGAUGAGGAGGAAUUACUUCACCUGUUUCAUCACCCAUAGUAUAACCAUAUUGAAACACAUAUGUUUGCUGAACGGUAACUUUAUCAACAGCUGCUAUGAAUUGAUAAAGGAUGUUAAAAAGAAAUUUGCAGCUCACAUGAACACAUCUAUCAUCAUCCCUAUGGCAGAAUUUAUUUUAUUUUUCUCCUUCCCCGAGAAAUUUUUCCAAGUGUCUAAUUACCUCUUUACCCAUUUUGUAACAGAAUUUAAAAGCUACCUUCCAGCCGUCACCUUUUUUGAUUUCAUCAUGAGGAAUGUUAACAUUCUUGAUCAGAAGAAAUUUUUUUUUAAAAAAUUUUGCUCCAUCAUAUUGAAGACCUAUUUUUUUCACCACCAAAUUUUCAAGCAUGACUUAAUUGCCCUUUUGCCUUGCUUACUCUAUGAGAGUAAUUACAAGGACGUUUUUUGCUUCCUUCUGUACGCCCCUGUUUUAGUGGACCUGGAUAAAGUGGUAUCACAGCGGAAAAAAAAAAAAUUGUUCCGUCCAUAG